ACCAAGAGAAAACCAUGCAAGACCUGACUGGAUGAUGUAGGAUGUAUAAGAAACUGGAGUCACUGUAAACUGAAGAACAGCCAAGGACUGAGUCAGGUAGAAGAGUCGAUAAAACCACCUGAUCAAGGGAAAGGAAGGCAUUGCGGAGCACAGAGUGGAAACCAGCAGCCGCGAGGCGCCGGGCAGCGACCCUUGCAGCGCGGACGGCGGCCCAGCGAUGCCUGCGCUCUGGCUGAGCUGCUGCCUCGGCCUCUCGCUCCUCCUGCCCGCAGCCCGGGCUACCUCCAGGAGGGAAGUAUGUGAUUGCAAUGGGAAAUCCAGGCAAUGCAUCUUCGACCAGGAGCUCCACCGACGGACAGGCCAUGGGUUCCGCUGCCUCAACUGUGAAGACAACACUGCCGGCCUGCACUGCGAGAGGUGCCAGGAGGGCUUUUACCGGCACCGAGAGAGAGACCGCUGUUUGCCCUGCAACUGUAAUUCCAAAGGUUCUAUUAGUCCUCGAUGUGACAGCUCUGGACGGUGCAGCUGUAAGCCGGGUGUGACAGGAGACAGGUGUGACCGAUGUUUGCCAGGCUUCCACACACUCACAGAUUCGGGGUGCACCCAAGACCAGAGACUGCCAGACUCCAAGUGCAACUGCGACCCAGCUGGCAUCGCCAGACCCUGUGAGGCGGGCCGCUGCAUCUGCAAGUCAGCUGUCACUGGAGAGCGCUGUGACAGGUGUCGAGCGGGUUACUAUCACCUGGACGGGGCCAACCCUGAGGGCUGCACCCCGUGCUUUUGCUACGGGCAUUCAGCCAGCUGCCGCAGCUCUACAGACUACAGCAUCCAUAAGAUCACCUCGACCUUCCAUCAAGAUAUUGACGGCUGGAAGGCUGUCCAAAGAAAUGGGUCUCCUGCAAAGCUCCAGUGGUCACAGCGCCACCGGGAUGUGUUUAGCUCGGCCCGACGAUCGGACCCUGUCUAUUUUGUGGCACCUGCCAAAUUCCUUGGGAACCAACAGGUGAGCUAUGGGCAAAGCCUGUCUUUUGACUACCGUGUGGACAGGGGAGGCAGACACCCAUCCUCCCAUGACGUGAUCCUGGAAGGUGCUGGACUACGGGUCACGGCUCCCUUGAUGCCCAUUGGCAAGACCCUGCCCUGUGGGAUCACCAAGACGUACACCUUCAGGUUAAAUGAACACCCAAGCAGUCAUUGGAGCCCCCGGCUGAGUUAUUUUGAGUACCGACGACUACUGCGGAACCUCACGGCCCUCCGGAUUCGAGCCACGUAUGGAGAAUACAGUACUGGGUACAUUGACAAUGUGACCCUGGUUUCAGCCCGCCCCGUCUCCGGAGCCCCAGCGCCUUGGGUUGAACAGUGUGUGUGCCCUGUUGGGUACAAAGGGCAGUUCUGCCAGGAUUGUGCUUCUGGCUACAAAAGAGAUUCUGCAAGACUGGGGCCUUUUGGCACCUGUAUUCCCUGCAACUGCCAAGGGGGAGGGGCCUGUGAUCCAGACACAGGAGACUGCUAUUCUGGAGAUGAGAAUCCUGACAUCGACUGCGCCGACUGUCCCCUCGGUUUCUACAAUGACCCACACGACCCCCGCAGCUGCAAGCCCUGCCCCUGCCACAAUGGGUUCAGCUGCUCUGUGAUGCCCGAGACUGAGGAGGUGGUGUGCAGUAACUGCCCCCCUGGGGUCACCGGUGCCCGCUGUGAGCUCUGUGCCGAUGGCUACUUUGGGGACCCCUUUGGGGAGCGUGGCCCAGUGAGACCCUGUCAGCCCUGUCAGUGCAACAACAACGUGGACCCCAGCGCCUCUGGGAACUGCGACCCGCUGACCGGCCGGUGUCUGAAGUGCAUCCACAACACGGCUGGCGCCCACUGUGACCAGUGCAAAGCUGGCUACUUUGGGGACCCGCUGGCUCCCAACCCUGCAGACAAGUGUCGAGCUUGUAACUGCAACCCCAUGGGCUCGGUGCCCGUAGAGUGUCGAAGUGAUGGUAGCUGUGUUUGCAAGCCGGGAUUCGGUGGCUUCAACUGUGAACAUGCAGCCUUAACCAACUGCCCAGCUUGCUAUAAUCAAGUGAAGAUUCAGAUGGACCCGUUCAUGCAGCAGCUUCAGAGCCUGGAGACCCUGGUGUCAAAGGCUCAGAGUGGCAGUGGAGCAGUUCUCAACACAGAGCUGGAAAGCAGGCUGCAGCAAGCAGAGCAGGCCCUUCGGGACAUUCUGAGAGAUGCCCAGAUUUCAGAAGGUAUGAGCAGAUCCCUCAAUCUCCAGUUGGCCAAGGUGAGGAGCCAAGAGAACAGCUACCAGAACCGCCUGGAUGACCUCAAGAGGACCGCGGAACGAGUCCGGGCCCUGGGAAAUCAGUAUCAGGACAGAGUUCAGGAUACCCGCAGGCUUAUCACCCAGAUGCGCCUGAGCCUGGCAGAAAGUGAAGCUUCCCUGCGAAACACCAACAUCCCUCCUGCCGACCAUCACGUGGGGCCAAAUGGCUUUAAGAGUCUGGCUCAGGAAGCUGCGAGAUUGGCAGACAGCCACGUUGAGUCAGCCAGUGAUAUGGAGCGCCUGGCGAGGGAAACUGAGGACUAUUCCAAACAAGCACUAUCACUGGCUCGCAAGGCUCUGAGUGAAGGAGGUGGCCCAGCCAGCCUGGACAGCUCCGCGGUGCAAGGACUUAUGGGAAAAUUGGAGAAAACCAAGACCCUGGCACAGCAGUUGGCAAGGGAAGCUACUCAAGCUGACAUUGAAGCCGACAGGUCUUAUCAGCAUAGUCUCCGCCUUCUCGAUUCCGUGUCUCAGCUUCAGGGAGCCCCUGCUCUGUCCUUCCAGGCAGAAGCAAAGAGGAUCAGACAAAAAGCUGACUCUCUCUCAAGCCUAGUGGCCAGACGUGUGGACGAGUUCGAGCGUGUGCAGAGCAAUCUGGGGAGCUGGGAAGAAGAAACCCGGAAGCUCUUACAGAAUGGAAAGAAUGGGAGACAGACAUCGGAUCAGCUGCUUUCCCGUGCCAACCUUGCUAAAAGCAGAGCCCAGGAAGCAUUAAAUAUGGGCAACACCACUUUUUAUGAAGUUGAGAACAUCCUAAAGAAUCUCAGAGAAUUUGACCUCCAGGUAGGGGACAGAAAAGCAGAGGCUGAAGAGGCCAUGAAGAGACUCUCCUACAUCAGCCAGAAGGUUGCAGAUGCCAGUGACAAGACCCAGCAAGCAGAGAGAGCCCUGGGCAGCGCUGCCACCAACGCCCAGCGGGCAAAGAGUGCAGCACGCGAGGCCCUGGGCAUCACCAACCACAUUGAACAGGAGAUCGGGAGUCUGAACUUGGAAGCCAACGUGACAGCAGAUGGAGCCUUGGCCAUGGAGAAGGGACUGGCCACUCUGAAGAGCGAGAUGAGGGAUGUGGAGGGGGAGCUGGCAAGGAAGGAGCUGGAAUUUGACAUGGACGUGGACGCGGUGCAGAUGGUGAUUACAGAAGCCCAGAGAGUUGAUACCAGAGCCAAGAAUGCUGGAGUUACGAUCCAAGACACACUCACCUCCCUGGACAACAUCCUGCACCUGAUGGACCAGCCUGGCAGUGUGGAUGAAGAGGGGCUGGCCUUACUGGAGCAGAACCUUUUCCGUGCCAAGGCCCAGAUCAACAGCCAGCUGCGGCCCUUAAUGUCAGAGCUGGAAGAGAGGGCACGUCGGCAGAGGGGCCACCUCCUCUCACUGGAGACAAGCAUAGAUGGAAUCCUGGCCGAUGUGCGGAACCUGGAGAACAUUAGGGACAACUUGCCCCCCGGCUGCUACAACACGCAGGCUCUGGAGCAGCACUGAGGCCGCCAUGGGGACUUCUCAACAGAGCUCCUUGGGAUUCAGAUCUCAGGGCUCAAGAGUCAGCUAGUACGGGAGGGGUGGGGACUCUGGUGCAUUUUAUGGAUGUGCUCAGGUCACUUGGCUGACCCCACCUCUGAGAACAUGGCCUGGUAGAAAUCUGUCCCAGGGUGAUUCUAUUUGUUCCUGAGGCUGGACAGUGAGGAAAACAGCAUUGGGGAUGAGACCGAUCAAAGGCCUGGGACCCCAGAGGGGGUCUGGGUGGAAGGACACACCGCACGGGCAGGUGACAUGGAGUCCUGGAUUAUGGUCAGCCAGCUGAUUCUUUGAGUGACGUGACCAAAGGAAAUAUUUUUGACUUGGCCAGGCAUAAAAGUCUAAUGCCUGAACAGUGAAUGAAAUGCAGUCAUUCCGGCCAGUAAAAUGUAGAGCCUCGGACUGU